UCACUGAACUCGAGACUCCUCUCAAUUGCACCUUAACUUCUCAUCACUCUGAGCAAGGGCCCUCGCAAUCUGGGUGGCAGCACAGAAAAUAGCAUCUUCUCAUCUGUAGUUGAGUCUCGCAGGGUAGCAAACAGCAUUCAGUUGUGGAAGCACUGUUCUUGAUCGGCGGAAUAUAAUUUCAAAAUCCUUUCUAUGAAAGAUAAAUGUAUCCAGAAAACCACAGUAAAACAAAUGGGUUUAUUUUUGAACCAACACUCUCCUGUAUAAUGCAGAACUAGAAAAGAAACUUGGUAAUUCAAAUUAGACAAGCUUAUUGACAAGGAGUAUUUAUCAAGAAGAUCAGAAGUAACAGAAUCGCGAGUGUAAGAAUACUGGAGGCGGAACCUGAGAUAAAUGGAAGAAGGGGAAGGAUUUAUCAGAUGAACUUGUUCCAGUCGAGAAAGUGUUCCGCUUUGUGAAAAAAAAGAAAAAGAAAAAUGUUGUGUUGAAAAAGGACAACAUAAAUGGAAACGCUGUUAAAAUGCAACGCCUGCAUGCAAGUUUACAAAAAUGCUUUGCUGUUUUUGUUCGAGACGUUUACAGUGUGAAUUGGAUGUGUAGAUACACCAGCAUUGCCGCAGAUACAGUUGAAAGAAAAUACGAUUGCAAUACUUAUUUAAAUAAGAAUGGAACACGAGGAAACUCUUAUAAAAGCUGUAAGAGGACCCCGCAGAAGAAGAUUUGCCAAGUUGUUCUACAGCACUUUGAUCAGCAGUACUAUGAUGAACUUGGAGAAGCAUGGAGCACAGCCAGGGAGGCGCUACUGUGUCCUUCAGGCUGGCAGUACGCUGUGAUGAUGAACAGGUUCAGCCUCUCUGUUGAAAUGAUGCAGAGUCUCAAGUGUCAGGGAUACUCCAGUCUCCUGAAGGAUGCCCCAGGCUCCUCACACAGCUCCUUGCAGUGCUUUGUCAGUGAGACUCAGUCCAGACUCCCAUCCCAGCAGCACCAGCCCGGAAAGCUCAAGCAGUACUACCUCCUCAAUGCAGCCUCUCUUCUCCCAGUUCUGGCCUUGGAGGCGAGGGAUGGAGACACAAUAUUGGACUUGUGUUCUGCCCCUGGAGGCAAAUCCAUUGCAAUAUUGCAGACAGUUACUCCAGGUAUCCUGCAUUGCAAUGAAUGGGACAUCCUGAGGUGGAAGUGGCUGAAGCAGACCCUGGAAUCGUUUUUACCCACAGACCUGUAUAGUGCAGUCAUGGUAUCUAAUCUAGAUGGAAGACACAUUGGAGAGAGUGAGCCAGGAAUGUAUGACAAGGUGCUAGUGGAUGCACCGUGCUCCAAUGAUCGGAGCUGGCUGUUCUCUUCAGAUGAUGUGCAGGCUGGAACUAGGAUCGAACAAAGAGAUAAGCUACCUGCUUUACAGAAACAACUGCUCAGGUCAGCUGUUGAAGCGCUGCGGCCUGGAGGAACAGUGGUUUACUCAACAUGCACUCUUUCACGAGCUGAAAACAGUGAUGUCAUAGCGUCGGUGCUCUCAUCUUUUGACAACGUCAAGCUUGUGGACCUAACAGGACAGAUGGCCUCCAUGUCACAGCACUUCACCUUUGCCCCUGGCAAUAUGCUUGGUCAUUUAGUGAUCCCAGAAAGGGGGAAAACUUGGGGACCAAUGUAUGUUGCAAAGUUAAAGAAACUUUACUGAACCACCAUUUUUUUUUUUUUUUAUGCUUGAUGUAUUAUUUACUCAACCCUCUGAUGUAAAUAUCGCCAGGAUUGGUGGAAGCAUAAACAGGCCAAUUUGUAGCGCACAAUAUGAAAAAGCAUUAUUCUAGAAGUUCUCUGUCUUUCGUUUCAGCUUGGCAGACAGUAGUUGUUGUGGACAGGAGUGCACACAGUGUUGAGUGUGUGGACUCAGUGUUGUGUAGGCACAAGUAACAGUGCUCAUAGUGCAGCAGAGGCCGUCCAUGAAGUAUCCAGACAGCUUGAAGCUGUUCAUCACUACUGUGUGUUUCUGUCCUCCGGGACUGUCUACUUCUAAACCUGAAACUAAAUGAAAGACAGAUCUGUAAUAAUGCUAUAUAUAUACCACCAGCUCAGAGAUGCUAAACAACGUUAUAAGGGGUGGUUCAGUACCCGGAACCCCGAUCCUAUAUUUUAACUUGCAUUUCAUUCUAGCAGACGCCUAAUUUGGCCUUCCAUGUGUUAGUUUAUCAUUGUGCAUGUGUUAUGCUUCCCACUAGUUUAAAAGAUGUCCUGACAGAUUUUCUUUUCAGCAUAAAAUAGCAGUACAGAAUAGCAAGUCCAUCAUUUUAAAGCAAAAAAAUCUAAAACAUCUUAAACCUAGUUUGCAAUGAAUGUAGAGGUUUUCCACUAUACGCCUCAGCCCCAGUCCAUAUUUGUGUAAUAUGGUACGUCUGGAUAGAAUGUCAUUAAAAAACAUGGAAAUAACUUUUUUUUAAUUAAAUCUCUCUCUUAACAGGGUAUACAGACCUUUGUCGCUGUAUUUUAAUAACUUUUCAUGCCAUCAGGUUCUCUCUAGCUGCAAAAGGCUGGCAGCAUGCUUGUGUUUUGUUUGUCAUUACUUUAGUUACAUCUGACAUUCUGGAAAUGUACACAUACAAAUAAAGCACUGUUCUUGGCAAUAAAACUGCCACAGAUUUACAAA